UUAUUGCUCUCUCGUUACGUCGCAUUGAACUUCCGUGACCCAUCACUUCCACUCAUUCGCCUAUCACCGACAUUCGAGCAACUACCCUACUCACGGAAACAUACCCAGUACGAACGUUAUGGCACGUCGAUCGAGUUCGAGCCGCUCAAGCGCUCAAUUGUUCUGGAAACAUUACCUCUCCGGCGCGGAUUCAUGUCAUUUCCCUCGCUUCGAGGGCGAGACGGAUGGCGCGAACCUCCCUCUGCUCAUUAACUUAGCCUCAAGUACCACGAAUGAGUUGCUCCAUAUGGCAGCAAGAGACGUUGAUAUGAUGUCGAGCGCUCUACGUGUUACCUGGGCGCUUUUGUUAAGACUCUAUACUGGUAUGGACGACGUUUGUUUUGGAUUCUUGGAAACUCGAAGACAAAGCAACAGUACCGAUUCAAAUUCACCAAUGCCCAUAAUGCGAAUGCGUCUGCGUGGCUCCGAUACAUUAUCACAGACUUUGGAAUCCUCAAAAGAGGCUUUCCUGAAGUGGCGCCCGUAUCAGAGUCAUAGUCUAGACGAUUCGAGCUUUCUGGCACAAGAAGAUAUCCAAAGAUUAUUUAAUUCAGAGCUGGUGAUUCGACACUAUGGACCUUCUGGGACAGCUCGCGAAAUCGAGAAGUUGACCACCACGCUUGCUGGCGUAUCCGAAAACCAUGUCAGACUCAACGUGAAAUAUCUCAGUGGAGGACUGAGUAUAUUUCUCGAAUGGUGGAGUGCUGGUAUGACUUCAAAGCAAGCUAAGAGCAUCGCAGAGACCUUCGAAAGAAUUCUCCGUGCUGUCCUUACACAACCAGAUACGACCACGGAUAGCCUGGACUGUUUGAGUCAGUUCGACAUGAAUCAGUUCCUUGUUUGGAACAGUAUUUCCAUGGAGCCCUCAAGUGAGAUGAUCCACGAGCUCAUCAGGCGGAGAUCAAUAUCAACCCCAAACAAACAGGCAAUAUGCGCCUGGGAUGGCUCAUAUUCCUAUCAAGAAUUGGAUCACAUUUCAUCCAAGCUUGCCGCACUCCUGAUGUCGCAUGGUGUUGGCCCUGAAAGUCAUGUUGCCCUCGUCUUCGACAAGACGGCGUGGAAUGUUAUUGCUAUGCUAGCGGUGUUGAAAGCUGGAGGCUCGUUUGUUCCACUCGACCCUGCGUAUCCAAUCCCUCGUUUGCAAACACUGGUUCGCAAGGUCAAAUCUCGGGUCUUACUUUGUUCGCAAAGACUGGCUGAAAAGCUGGUAUCUACGGCAGCAGUCGUCAUUCCCAUUGAUGAACGCAAUGCCGAACAUAUUCUAAGUCCUUUCUCGUCUGGUCCGAGCCCCAUCGCAAUCUCGGUCACACCCUCGAACGCAGCAUACAUAAUCUUCACCUCCGGAUCGACUGGUCAACCGAAGCCUACUGUUAUCGAGCAUCGCGCAUUCGUUGCCAGCGCGAAACUCCACGGCCCGGCCAUGCUUAUGACUGACCAGUCACGUGUCUUACAAUUUGCCGCGCAUACUUUCGAUGCAAGUCUUGUCGAAAUUCUCACGACUCUUCUUGUAGGUGGCUGUAUUUGUAUACCGAGCGAUGAUGACCGAUUGAACCACAUCUCAAAGUCGAUGCUCGACAUGAAUGUGAAUUGGGCAGUAUUGACUCCAUCUUUCAUCAACUUCUUGGCACCGUCUGAUGUACCUGGACUGAAGACACUAGUGUUAGCCGGAGAAGCGAUGUCGCCGAACCAUGUUGAGAUAUGGUCUGGGGUUAAUCUAGUCAACGGGUACGGACCUUCAGAGGCUUCUGUAGCUUCUGUCGUAAAUUCGCACGUUGACCGGAAUACUCGUCCUAACAAUAUUGGUCAUCCUGUUGGUGUAAAGUGCUGGGUCGUGGAUUCCGAGAACCAUGACUUGCUGCUUCCAAUUGGCUGUGUGGGCGAACUUCUUAUCGAGGGUCCAACUUUGGCCCGUGAAUAUUUUGAUGACGACGAGAAGACAUCUCGUGCUUUCAUUACGAACCCCGUCUGGUCGUCGUCAGGCUUCGACCGGAGGUUUUAUAAAACUGGCGAUCUUGUACGAUGGGAUAUAAAAGAUGGCUCUUUGUCCUUUUUGGGCCGGAAAGACAACCAAGUCAAGGUGCAUGGACAGCGAGUCGAACUUGGAGAAAUAGAAUAUCACUUGUCUGCUGAUCCAGCUGUUGAGGCCGCAACAGUGUUCUUUCCAAAAGUUGGCCAUUGUACAGGUCGUCUAGUAUCCAUAUUGACACUGAAGGCAUAUGCUACACUGAUCAAGCAAGGUGAAGAGCCACUAAAACUCUUCGAUCCCCCAGAUCAGCAGUCUACCAACAACAUCACCGCGGAAAUUCGGCAACGCAUUGCAGAAAUACUACCAUCUCAUAUGACGCCCACGCUGUGGCUAGCCGUUAGUUCCCUACCUUUCCUUCCAUCGGGUAAACUGGAUCGCAAGCACAUUGCCACAUGGAUUGACCAUAUGACCGAUGAUAUAUGGUCUCAAAUCAUGUCACCAAGCGAAGGUGAACUAUCCGAUCAGGAUCAUACGUUGUCACAGACAGAGGCCGAUGUUAGAGACGUCUGGAGCCGCGUACUCAACAUCAAACCUGAACAGAUCGGAUGUCAGCGCUCCUUCCUGAGCUUAGGUGGUGAUUCGAUCACUGCAAUGCAAGCCGUUUCAAACUUCCAAAAGAAAGACUUCAAGAUUACUGUGCAAGAGGUCCUUAAAGCGAAAUCUAUUGUUGAAUUAGCCAAGUUAGUGCGCUCAUCCGAAACCCAAAUCGAGUACAGUGAGGAAAUGGAGCUUGACUUCGCAUUAUCUCCGAUACAACAGAUGUUCUUCGCCCUUCCUGGUCAGGGGCGAAGUCAUUUCAAUCAAAGCUUCUUCCUGCGCCUGACACGCCAGAAACCGGCCCAACAAAUCAGGACCGCUGUACAAACGAUUGUCAAGCGACACUCCAUGCUCCGCGCACGGUUCAGUCACAAUCCCUUCGGGGGAGGGUGGCAGCAGCGAGUGACAGACAAUAUCCAUGGGUCGUACAGGUUCCGUGUCCACAAUAUCUUGACUCAAGAUGACGCGACACCGUACAACGCGGACGCACAACGCGCUUUAGAUCCAAUGAAUGGUCCAAUUUUUGCAGCUGAAUUAUUCCAGGCUGCCCCUGGGGAGGGCCAGUAUCUAUUCUUGGUUGGACAUCAUCUUGUGAUCGAUCUUGUAUCGUGGCGGGUGAUCUUGGAGGAGCUCGAAGAUAUCCUUACCGGUGCUGGUGGCAAUUCAGACCCGAAAUCGACCAUCCCUUUCCAAACAUGGUGCAAUCUCCAAGUUCAGCACUGUAAAGAUCUGCUGCCUGAAGAAGUCUUGCCUCCAGCGGACAUCCCCCAGGGUAACCUUUCAUACUGGGCAAUGGAAAACCAGCCGAAUACUUAUGGUGGAGCGGUCUGCGAAGGCUUCGAGAUUGAAUCUACCAUCACUUCUCAACUGCUCACGUCAUGCCAUGAUGCUAUGCGCACUGAUGUCAUGGACAUACUUGCUUCAGCACUUCUGCAUUCAUUCAAAGACGUCUUCAACGAUAGAGAUGCACCAGCUUUGUAUGUUGAAGGCCACGGUCGUGAGCCCUGGAAUACGUCUAUCGACCUCAGUAGAACAGUCGGCUGGUUCACAACCAUGUAUCCCAUUCACGUUUCACCGGAACAAGAAGCUGUAGAUACGAUACGCGCUGUAAAAGAUUUUCGCAGGCGCGUACCUGCCAACGGCAGACCUUAUUUCGCAAGUCGUGUCCUUAGCUCGAAAGGUCGCAAUGCCUUCAGUCAUCACUGGCCGUUGGAAGUGACCUUCAAUUACCUGGGCCAAUAUCAACAGUUGGAACGGGAAGAUUCGCUGCUCAAACCCGCGGCAGAAAUGUCUGGCGAAGCUCGUUCUGCCGGGGGAAGUGCUGAUUACGGCGACGCUACCCCAAGAUUUGGCCUGUUCGAAAUAUCGGCGGUAGUAGUUGCCGGUAAACUUCGCUUCUCAUUUACAUUCAAUCGAAGCGUUCAACAUCAAAGUCUCAUCCGCCACUGGAUCUCUCGAUGUCGAGACGUUUUGAUUGAGAUUGCAACUCGACUAUCUACCAUGUCACCAGAGCUUACACUUGCCGAUUUCCCUCGCUUACAGAUGUCAUAUGGCCAUCUCAGAGCAUUGGCCCGACAGACGCUACCUUCACUAGGGAUCCAUGAUAUACGUGAAAUUGAAGACAUUUACCCGUGCUCUGCCAUCCAAGAAGGUCUGCUACUCAGCCAGAGCAAGAGUCCGGAUUUUUAUGCCGUUCAAGUGAUUUAUGAGGUGUCGCGUAAAAGUGGACUAGAUCUGACAUCGAGUGAAAUCGCGGCGGCCUGGCGACAAGUCGUCACUCGACACGCUAUGCUUCGGACAAUUUUCGUUGAGAACGUCGGUUCAGGCAACGAUAUGUACAAUCAGAUUGUCCUCAGCCGCUAUACGGGCAACAUUAUUACUUCGCAUUUCGUCGAUGAUCGAGAAUGCCUCGAAGCGUUAAACCAGAAGAUACCCAGUGCAUACGACAAUGGCACCAUACCUCCUCAUCGACUAACAAUUAGUUCUACGUCUAUCGGCAGAGUCUUUUGCAAGCUCGAAAUCGGCCAUCAGAUUAUGGAUGGGGCAUCAAUGUCUGUGAUCUUCCGAGACCUCGCGAUGGCAAUCGAAGGCCAGCAUCAAAAUCCAGCACCGCUUUUCAGUGAUUAUAUCGAGUUUGUUGCCAAUCAGCCCAAGGAGAGUGGAAUAGAAUAUUGGAAAAGUUACUUGAGUGAUGCGGAACCUAGUCUGUUCCCAGUCCUGCAUGACGGCCACUACAAAGAACGUCGAUUGGGCUCUCUUCGAAUCAACUUCGCCGAGCUUGCAAAGUUACAGAAGUCAUGCGAACAAUCUGGAAUUACCCUGUCCAAUGCUAUCCAUACGGCGUGGGCACUUACUCUCAAAUGUUACACCGGCCAAAAUGAUGUCUGCUUUGGAUACCUGGUGUCAGGCCGAGAUGCUCCCAUUGAUGGGAUCGAUGAUGCUGUCGGCCCUAUGAUCAACACCCUUGUUUGUCGAGUGCGCAUGGAGCCGGAAGACCGCCUCAGGGAUACCCUUGAUAAAGUUCAGGAGGACUAUGUCGCCAGUCUACCGUUCAAGUACUCUCCACUGGCAGAGAUCCAACAUGCUCUCAGCCUGUCGGGGACGUCACUGUUCAAUACCGCUCUUUCGUAUAGACGUCUACCCAAGAGUGCGAAACCUACCGAGCGCACAGUAUCUUUCAUAGAGGCCUCGCCAAUAUACGAUCCUACAGAGUACAAUGUGUCACUCAACAUUGAGGUUUCUGACCAGGACGUUUUUAUAGACCUCGACCAUUGGACGGAUGUCUUAUCCACCGGGCAAGCUGAUCAUGUCGCCAGCCUGUUCGUCAAUUCGCUACGUAAUAUAACUUUCCACUCAAACAGUAAGCUAGCGGACCUUCAACAUUUCACAGAUCUGAGCCGCGAAAAGGUCAUGUCUUGGAAUCAUCAGAUGCCUGCCUCGUCGGCUCUCUGCGUGCAUGAAAUUUUCUCUCAGCAAGCUGCUCGACGACCAGAAGCCUCUGCAGUCUGUGGCUGGGACGCAAACUUCACUUAUGAGGAGCUGGAUGAUCUAUCUGAUAGACUUGGUCACUAUCUGAAGAAACUUGGGGUCAUCCCUGAGACCCUGGUUCCACUUUGCUUCGAAAAGAGUGCAUUUACGAUUGUCGCUAUGCUUGGAGUUUUGAAGGCCGGUGGUGGUUUUGUGCCGCUGGACGCAACUCAUCCGAAGCAUGCCUUGGAAGUCCGCAUCCGCGAUGCCGGUGCCAAAAUUGUCCUCACUUCGGAUGCUCGCUCCGAGAUGCUUGAGGAUAUCGUUCCUCUUGUCAUACCAAUCAACUCUUCUCUUCUAGAGCAGUUACCAAGUCCCAUCGACAGAUUAGAGUCUCGUGUCAAGCCAGACAAUAUUGCCGUGGUGAUUUACACAUCUGGCUCUACGGGGAAACCUAAGGGUGUUAUGUUGACCCACGACGGUUUAGCUACUAGCGGUGCCGCGCACGGUCCAGCUAUGAACAUCAGCUCGACUACUAGAGCCCUGCAAUUUGCUGCAUACACUUUCGACAAUACUCUCGAGGAAAUUCUUACUACGCUUAUGCUUGGCGGUUGCGUCUGCGUACCCACAGAUCACGAUCGGCUCAAUGACCUGGCUGGAGUGAUUCAACGAUUUCAGGUCAAUUGGACAGACCUCACUCCUACAGUUGCUAGUUUCCUCAAUCCCAGAGAUGUACCGACAUUACGCAACCUCGGACUCGGAGGUGAAGCAGUGACGAAGGCUGUGCUUGACCUGUGGAGGGAUGCCCCGGUGCAAAUUCAUUGUGUUUAUGGCCCCUCGGAAUGCUCAAUCAAUUCAUCCUGGAAUGGCGAAGUCGCCUUCGCUGGCGAGGUGACCAAUAUCGGUCAUGGUAUAGGCUGUCUUCUAUGGAUAGUCGAUCCAGAGGAUCACAAUAGACUAUUGCCUAUUGGUUGCAGUGGUGAACUCAUCGUCGAUGGCCCAAUUGUUGGUAGGGGUUACCUCAACGACCCAGAAAAGACAGCUGCAGCUUUCAUCGAACCGCCGCCGUGGGCAAUGUCCUCGGGGACAAGGUUUCGUAGGCUGUACAAAACAGGAGAUCUUUGCAGGUACAAUUCAGACUCGUCAAUCACGUAUCUCGGACGUAAGGAUACGCAGGUCAAGCUCAAUGGCCAGAGACUAGAGCUUGCAGAUAUUGAGCACUACAUUCAGAGUAGCAGUAUGUCCGACAUGCAGUCCGCUGUUGAGCUGGUGAUCACUAGUGGUAGAAAGCAACUGGCGGCCUUCAUUUCUGUCACAGGCGAUGGAUCUGUGCCUAAUUCUAGCGAAGCAGACUUUCUGCUGGAAAUGUCUCACGAAUUUAGUACCACAGCCACUGACCUUCAGCAACGACUUGCAGGCCUGCUUCCAUCGUUCAUGGUUCCCACAAUGUAUCUACCUGUGUCAAGGAUGCCCCUAACCUCCUCGGGGAAGCUUGAUAGAAAACGACUGCGGCAGCUCCCACAAUCAUUUUCAGAAGCACAAGUUGCGACAUACAGACUUGCGGGCAAGAGUGGAAGGGCACCUGAGUCAGAUGUUGAAAUAUGCCUUCAACUUCUGUGGAGCAAUAUCCUUGGAAUAGACUCCUCGUCAAUAGGUGUGGAUGACAGUUUUUUUCGGAAAGGCGGUGACUCAAUUGGAGCCAUGAAACUUGUCAACGCUACACGAGCCAAGGGGCUGGUGCUGUCUAUUGCCACGAUUUUUCAGAAGCCAAAAUUGGUCGACAUGGCGCAAGAAAUGAGAUGCACCGAAUCAACCGAAUCUGACCCUGAGCAAGGAUUCGAUGUUGAGCCGUUCUCUUUACUAAGUAGAAACAUCGACCUUGACGAAAUAUUGUCUGAGGUCACUGCGGAAUGUGGCAUAAGCUCAGAUGCCGUGGAAGAUAUCUAUCCUUGCACCCAGCUACAAGAAGGACUGAUAGCAUUAUCUAUGAAGCAGCCAGGCGCAUAUGUUGCACAGAAUACGUAUCGACUCCCGUCGAACAUUGAUAUCCCUCGCUUUAAGGCUGCAUGGGAUGCCGUGGUUGAGACAGAAGUUGUACUUCGUACCAGAAUCGUUUUUACCAAGCACCACGGGUUCCUUCAAGUUAUAAUCAGACAGCCCGUGUUUUGGUAUGCGGGAAUGGACCUUCUGGAGAUCACAGAAGAAGACCGGAUCCUUCCCCCACACAACGGCGGUGAGCUAAUGCGUUUUGCAAUCUUAGGAGAAGGUACCAAUAGCUGCUACUUUUCGUGGACACUACACCACGCUACAUAUGAUGGCUGGUGUAUACCUACAAUCCUUGAUCGCGUCGGUGACUACUACCGCCAUUCAAGGCUUCCUAGUACACGAGCUAUGUCUUCUUACCCGAGGUUCAUCAAGUAUUUGGCCGCUAUCGAUCACGAGGCUGAGUAUGAAUUCUGGAGGGCUCGACUCGCCGAACCGAAUGCGCAACCAUUUCCUGCGCUACCUAAUCCCACAUAUCAGAUACAGGCGAAGAGCCACAUUAGACAUGCCGCUGUCACAUCACGGGUCUCUGGGUCUGAGAUCACCAUGGCGUCCACCAUUAGAGCCGCUUGGGCCUUGACUCUGUCUGUAUAUUCUGGUUCCGAUGAUGUGAUCUUCGGCGAAACGCUGACCGGGCGAGACUCACACGUCCUUGGAAUUGAAGAUAUGGUAGGACCCACACUGGCGACGGUGCCUACUCGAGUCUGCGUCAAACGGGAUACUACAGUAAACGAGUACCUCCAAGAAGUUCAAGCUCGAUCCGUUGAAGCAAUUGCCUUUCAACACACCGGUCUUCAAAACAUAAAACGUCUUGAUCAGGACUGCGCCACUUCGUGUCAGUUCCAGAACUUGAUCGCUAUAAAUCAGGGCGCGGAUGAUGCGACAGAUGACCUCUGGAACCUACAAAGCAGCGACACCAUUGGAACUAGUUUUUUCACUUACCCCUUGAUGGUCCAAUGCACGGUAAGUGCAGCAGAAGUGGUAAUAGAAGCUGACUACGACCAACAGAUACUCCCAGAAACCCAAGCUGAGAGGCUUCUUCACCAGUUUGCAUUCAUGAUUGAAAGUUUGAACAGCCGAGAUGCUUCCUCGAUCGGGCGAAAAGUUGGCGAUAUCGAAAUGAUGAGCACGUUGGACCGAGAGACUGUCAAAGAGUGGAAUGGACAUCUCCUUAGGACCAACAGCAGCUGUAUCCAUGAUAUGAUUCACGAGAUGAACCGGUCUCGGCCCUCCAGACCUGCCGUCGCCGGAUGGGAUGGCGACCUUACUUACUCACAGUUAGACGUACAAGCAAGCCUUGUGGCCCACUACCUCGCCACAGAAGGCGUUUCGACGGGCUCGAUGGUGCCUUUUCUUUUUGAGAAAUCAACCUGGGCCAUUGUGGCGAUGCUCGGGAUACUGAAAGCCGGAGCUGCCUUCGUUCCACUUGAUCCAAAUCAUCCAGUCACGCGACUUAAAGAGAUUCUUGCAGACAUAGAGUCCCAGCUGGUUGUUACCUCUUCCAAACAAAGCCCACUUGCAGCACAAAUAGCUCCGAAAAUCCUUGUGCUAGACCAAACGAUCAUAUCCCGAUUGCAACCAAGCCUUACGCCACUUCCGAACCCAGCAGCAGACACAGCUGCAUAUGUUCUUUUCACAUCUGGCACGACUGGUCGCCCCAAAGGAACGAUCAUCCAGCACAUGGCAUUAUCGACUUGCGUUGUGGCUCAAGCAAAAUCACUUCGCAUCAAUGCCGACACGCGGGCACUACAAUUCGCAUCCUUUACUUUCGAUGCCUGCAUCAUAGAAAUCAUAACUACAUUGUAUGCCGGUGGCUGUGUAUGUGUUCCUAGUGAUGAACAGCGCUUAAAUGAUGUCGCUGCCUUCAUCAAUAACACGCGAGCGAAUUGGACACUCCUGACGCCUACAUUCAUUCAACUACUCAACCCGUCCGAAGUUCCCACUCUACGCACGAUCGUUCUUGGCGGAGAAGCGGCAUCGCAACACAACAUCGCCGUUUGGUCAGACAAAGUUCAAUUGCUGAACGCGUACGGUCCCACAGAGGCUGCAGUCGUUGCAACCGUUCACCACUACAGUGCUGGUAAUUCUGAAGCAGCUACCAUAGGGAAGGCGAUUGCUGGGCGAACAUGGCUGGUCGAUCCUCACAAUUCCGACCGAUUAGCGCCAAUUGGGUCAGUCGGGGAGCUUCUGCUCGAAGGCACACUUGCUAAAGGCUACCUGAAAAACCCGGAGAAGACUGAUGAGUCCUUCCUUGGACUGCCACGCUGGGCAAAGAGUGGAUCUUUUCUGUUCCAAAAGUCAGCAGCCCACAGAUUCUAUCGCACAGGCGACCUAGUGAAGUAUGAUUCCUACGGCUCUCUCGUUUACGUUGGUCGAAAGGAUGAACAAGUGAAACUCCAUGGACAACGGAUGGAACUCGGUGAGGUUGAACAUCAUCUCAAAACGGAUCAAAUGAUUCAACACGCGUUGGUCGCCAUACCCGCCAAAGGUCCGUGUUCCAAGCGCCUGGUGGCCGUUUUGUCUUUGCAAGAGCUGUCUGGGCCUACGCGCAGCGGUAAUGAUUUCGAUCUUGUCAACCCUGAAAUCUCAGGAUACACUCUAUCGAAUGUCAGAGAUCGACUCACGGAGCGUCUCCCUGCCUAUAUGAUACCAUCCAAAUGGGUCGUCUUCCGAGAACUGCCGUUCUUAGCCUCCAGCAAACUUGAUCGCAAACGUAUUGUCCAGUGGCUGGAGGGUAUGAGCGAAGAAGUGUAUCAUAUGAUCAGUGCCAUUGACUCCGGGGUCUCUUCGCGAAGACAGCCUUCUAACGACCGCGAACGAAAGCUCCAAGCGAUACUCGGGAAGGAGCUGAAUCUCCCCGCCGAAGAAGUAAGCCUCAACUUAUCUUUCAUUCACCUAGGUGGAGACAGCAUUUCCGCUAUGCAAGUCAUGUCGCGUUGCCGUGCAGAGGGCUACGGGAUCACCGUACAAGAUAUCAUUCGCUGCAAGUCAAUCAGUCAAUUGGCUGCGCGGAUCAGCGUUCCAAAACACGUUGUUUACACAGACGAACCCAUCAACCAGAGCUUCACACUAUCGCCAAUCCAGCAACUGUACUUCCACUGCGUAGGGGAAUGCUCUGAGCCAUUCAAUCAGAGCGUACUUCUCCGCUUAGUGAAGCGCUACGAUGAUACUACACUCAGGUCCGCGGUGGAGACCAUUGUAGGUUCACACCACAUGUUGCGUGCUCGAUUUUUCAAAGACACCAGCAAUACCUGGAUGCAACGUGUAACAGAUGAUAUUCAAGGAUCUUAUUCUUUCCGAUCGCAUUGUCAUCAGGAGUUUGAUUCCAAAGUCAUGACUCAGCAGGUGCAGGAGACUCAGCAGAGCCUAAACAUCGUUAAUGGACCUCUCUUUGGGGUUGAUGCAUUUUCAUUGUCCACUGAUGGACAUGUGUAUCUGUCGUUGGUCGCACACCAUCUUGUCGUCGAUAUCGUGUCCUGGCGGGUUAUCAUGCAAGAUUUCGAGGACAUUCUUUGCUCCGGAACCAUCAGCUCACACCAGUCGCUGCCAUUCCAGACGUGGUGCAGGCUUCAACGGGAGGAAUGCCAGAAGACUAGUCCGAGUGCUCUUCUGCCUUUCUCCGAAGUCCCCGUUGCUGACCUUGCCUACUGGGGUAUGGAAGACAAAGUUAACGUUCAGGGGGAUGCGGCCACAGACGUAUUCACGCUGGAUAUGUCCAGAACACUAAACCUGUUGGGGAAGAGCAAUGACAUCUUGAACACAGAACCCGUAGAUCUGUUUCUCGCUGCUGUUGCUUACUCAUUCAAUAAAACAUUCUCUGACCGGCCUCGCAUUCCAGCCAUCUUCAACGAAGGUCACGGAAGGGAACCAUGGGACCCUAACCUAGACUUAUCGCAUACAGUUGGAUGGUUCACUACAAUGGCGCCGAUUAGUCUUCCCACCGAAGCUGAUGGAGACUUCUACAAGAUUGCGCGAUGGAUCAAAGAUCUACGGUCGCGCAUACCCGGAAAGGGCCGCCCAUACUUUGCGAGUAGACUUCUCACCGAGGAAGGAACUGAACACUUCGCGAGUCACUGGCCUAUGGAAAUUAUGUUCAACUAUCUCGGUCAGCUCCAGCAGCUCGAGAGAAAAGACGCUGUAUUACAGGCUGUCACGGGAUCGACCAGCUUCCCAGAAAUGUCAGUUUCGGAUAUCGGAACGUCCGUUCCUAGGUUUGCUUUGUUCGAGAUAUCCGUUGCUGUGGCCCAAGAUGGCCUCACGUUCUCCCUCACUUAUAACAGACAAAUGUCCCGACAAGACGCUAUACGCAAAUGGGUACAAGAAUGUAGGACGUCUCUCGAAUAUGCUGCAGAUCAACUUAGCACUACGCAGCUGCAACUGUCUCUGACCGAUUUCCCAUUGCUACCACUAGCAUACAACGGAAUUGAAGAAAUCCAGCGAUCUCUUCCUAAGGCUGGCGCAGAAUCUUUCAAUGAUGUCGAAGACAUUUAUCCAUGUUCCCCAAUGCAGGAGGGCCUUCUGCUUAGUCAACUGAAAAAUCCGCAACACUAUGCCUUCUCCUGCAUUUUCGAGGCCCGAGUAGGUCAUGUUGGCACCCCAGACGCCAGGAGACUUGCUGAAGCAUGGCAAAUGGUCGUCAAUCGACACGCCGUACUGAGGACUGCCUUUAUCGAUAGUUCGUGCAAAAAAGGCGCCAUGGAUCAAGUAGUUCUAAGGAGCUCAACUGCGAAGAUCUCGUGGCUGCAGAGCGGCGAGACCGAUGCCCUCCAAACGUUACAGGGUCAACAUUCGAUCAAUUGCCGAGAAACUCAGCCACCGCAUCGUUUUACAUUAUGCAUCGCUCCGCAAGGUAAAGUGUACUGCAAACUAGAGAUGAGCCACGCGAUCUGUGAUGGCACUUCGAUCCCCAUAAUUCUCAACGACCUUGUCGCCGCUUAUUCGGGCCAUCUGUGGACUGAGCCUCCUACGUUAUUCAGCGAUUAUAUCCAUUAUCUACAAGCCUCCUCGCACGACGCUGACAUUGAUUACUGGAAGACAUACCUAGUGGAUAUCGAGCCCUGCUACUUUCCUUCACUCAAUGAGACAUCGAAAGUCACCAACACCGUUCGGUCUUUUGACAGCCAGAUACCACGCGUUCGAGCUCUCAUGGCCUUCUGUACAAAACACGGCAUUACGCUUUCCAACACGUUGCAGCUUAUUUGGGCACUCAUCAUCAAAUGCUACACUGGAAACUCAGACGUCUGUUUCGGCUACGUUGCCUCUGGUCGCGAUAUUCCUGUAGAAGGUAUACAUUCUGCUGUCGGAGCAUUCAUAAACAUGCUGAUCUGCAAAAUCAACCUGUCGGAUGAGAUUAAGAUUGUGGAGGCCCUUCACAAGAUCCAGGCUGAUUUCGUGGGGAGUAUGGCUCAUCAGACUUGCUCACUAGGCCAAGUACAACAUGAGCUCAAGCUGUCCGGGGCCCCCAUGUUCAAUACUGCGUUCACGUAUCAGAAACGCUCAAAGAGCAAGGACGACAACGCGUCAUCUCUAGUACUAGAUGUUCUCAAGGCCGAGGACCCAAGCGAGUACAGCAUAACGAUCAAUGUCGAAGCUACUGAUGACGAUAUAAACUUAAGCUUCACAUACUGGUCCCAUGUUCUCUCUGAUACUCAAGCGAAGAGCAUUGCGAGAACUUUUGAGAAUCUCAUGACCCAGAUCAUUCAACCUGGAUUCGACGAAUGCACCGUUGCCGAUCUCGACUUCUUCAACGUCGAGGAUAGAGAGCAGGUAGCGCUAUGGAAUGGCCGUGUUCCACCACAAACGAAUAAAUGUGUUCAUGAGCUCAUUUCCGACCAAGCUGCACUGCGCCCUAAAUCUACACCCGCAGUCUGCGCGUGGAAUGCCCAAUAUACAUACACAGAGCUGGAUCUGAUCACUAAUAAAGUUGCUGCGCAUCUUGUGAAGUUAGGCGUUGGACCAGAAGUAUUCGUGCCACUCUGUUUCGAGAAGAGCGCCUACUAUCUCGUAUCUGCUCUCUCAGUCAUGAAAGCAGGAGGCGCUUUCGUACCCUUAGAUCCUGCGCACCCUGCUAGUCGUAUCAAAAGUCUUGUCGACAAUGUUGGUGGCAAGUUGAUCCUGUGUUCGGCACAGUAUCAAAGCAAGGCUGCCGAAGCGGCGAAGAUCGCUCUGGUCAUUGACGAAACAUUCGUGACUCAAGUAGAAGAAGCUAUUGUUGUUACAACUCGCCCAGCAAAGCCUGACAAUGCCGCAUAUAUCAUCUUUACAUCAGGGACCACCGGUAUGCCCAAGGGUACCGUCAUCGAACAUGGCGCGUUCUGUACCGGCGCACUUGCUCAUAGCAGAGCGAUGAACAUGACUAAUGUAUCCCGUGUACUCCAAUUCGCUAGUCACACUUUCGACGCCUCCAUCAUGGAGAUACUCAGUACUCUUCUUGUCGGAGGCUGUGUCUGUAUACCGAGUGAUCAAGAAAGAAUGAACGACCUACCAGCUGCCAUGGAAAAAAUGGAAGUGAACUGGACUCUUCUAACACCCUCUGUUGCCAACACGAUCAAGCCGGAUAGCAUUCCGUCCCUCCGUGUGCUCGUCACUGGAGGUGAAGCCAUGUCUCCAGGUCACAUUGAUCGUUGGGGCGACAGCAAAUGUCUGGUCAAUGCCUAUGGACCCUCGGAGACGUCUGUUAUUGCGACCAUCAGUAUGAAGGUUGAUCUUGAAGGAAAUAAACUCGACAACGAGCCUUCGAAUAUUGGUCAUGCUGUCGGCGGACGCUGCUGGAUUGUCGAUCCAAAGGACUAUAAUAGACUUGUACCGAUAGGAUGUGUGGGAGAGCUUGUCGUGGAAGGACGUAUCGUGGCUCGUGAAUAUCUCAACAACGCCGCAAAAACUGCGUCCGCCUUCGUGAACGAAGCCGCAUGGAUGAAAAAGCAUGGCUUUGGUGGUGCUAGCGGCAAGGGUGACCGCAUGUAUAGGACGGGUGAUCUCGUCCGCUACAACGCGAAUGGCUCCUUCAGCUUUGUCGCUCGUAAAGAUACACAGAUCAAGCUCAAUGGCCAGAGAAUCGAACUGGGUGAGAUCGAGCAUCACGUCAGGAACAAUCUGCCGGAGCACUCCCAGGCUGCAGUUGAGCUUGUUACACCUGCAGCAAAAACGGCCACCAAGGCCCUGGCCGCUUUCUACUGCUUUGAACAUGCUACAGCAAGCUCUAGUGAUGCCACAUUGUCUGCGGCUGAACAUUCCACCGUUGAUGAGAUCCUGCUUCCUAUGUUAGGACAAGCUCAAACAAUCGCCAAAUCGCUGGAAUCGGCGCUUGGGAACGCGUUGCCUUCUUACAUGAUUCCAGCUCUUUAUAUUCCAGUUAAGCGGUUACCUUUUACAACAGCGGGCAAGUUGGAUCGUCAACGAUUGCGCAACGUCGUGCAGGCUCUUCCUAAGGAGAUGGUUGCACCAUACAGAUUGGCUGCCUCAACGAGCAAGAAGGCACCAACUUCAGACAUGGAAACUAAGCUGUUGCGGCUCUGGGAGAGCGUUCUAGGGCUUGCGAAAGGCUCCGUUGGUGUUGAAGACAACUUUUUCCGCGUAGGAGGCGACUCUCUUGCUGCAAUGCGGCUUGUCUCGGCAGCGACAGCCCAAUCCAUUGCGAUCACCGUGAUCAAUAUUUUUAGAAAGCCAAAGCUUUCUGACAUGGCCAAAGUUUGUACGAUUGUCGAAGAAGAGAUCCUCGGUGAGCUACGACCUUUCUCCCUGCUGAACGGGGACGAUACGGUCGACGAAGCCGUAGACGAAUUGUCAGGUCAGUGCCGGGUGCCGAAAGACAGUAUCAGCGAUGCAUACCCGUGUAGUUCGCUCCAAGAAGGUCUUUUCACCCUUUCUAUCAAGCAACCUGGCGCAUACGUCGCAAACAACGUGUUCAAGCUUCCACGCACUCUCGACCUGGAUCGGUUCAAGGCUGCUUGGCAGAAGACUGUCGACGAAGUCGAUAUCCUUCGUACAAGGCUGGUCCAUAUGAGAUCUUCUGCAUUUGUACAGACUGUUCUUAAGUCUGACCCAAUCCGUUGGGAACAUGCGACGGAUCUCGAACUAGUCACCUCUGAGGCUCCUCGUUUACCUGCACAUAAUGGUGGCAACCUGACCAAGUAUACCAUCAUCGACAUGGAGGCAUCAAAAGAACGAUUCUUAGCAUUCAGCAUCCAUCACGCCCUCUAUGAUGGCUGGAGUCUCCCUCUGGUUUUGAAGAGGGUGGAACAGUUCUACUUCGAAGGCGAGACCAAACUUCCCAAGACUCCCUAUGCCAAAUUCAUCAAAUAUCUCACGGACAGUGAUCUUCAAAUCUCGGAAGAAUUCUGGAAGUCGAGACUCGCUGGAUCCACACCACUUUCAUUUCCACAGCCUUUGGCGUCUGCUUCAAAGAUGGAGAGCAGCACUCAGACUCUUACUCAUACCGCUCAGCUAGGGGAAGCAUUCGCAGGCAUGGGAAUAACGAUGCCCACGUUGAUUCGAGCUGCCUGGGCCAUCAUGGUAGCUGCCUACUCAGGCUCAGAUGAUGUGGUAUACGGAGAGACCAUGACUGGUAGAGACGUUCCAGUGCAAGGCAUUACAGACGUGCUUGGACCUACAUUAACGACUGUGCCGACACGUAUACAGAUUCACCGGACCAAGCCGGUCAUGAACUUUCUGGAAGAGAUCGGCCGCAUGAACACUGAUACAAUCCCUCAUCAACAUCUUGGUCUUCAACACAUUCGCCGCCUCGACUCCGACACAAGUCUUGCGUGUGACUUUCAAAACCUGCUUGUCAUACAGAUGGCCCAAGAGAGCGACGCGAAGAGCUUCUGGGAAGUUCACAACAAUGGCGUAGGUGCCAACUUCUUCACCUAUCCUCUGGUGAUCGAAGCCCGGGCCGACGACAAGCAUGUGGAGAUUGAAGCCCAUCACGACUCCCGCGUGAUAUCUGAAUGGCACGUACAACGGCUCUUAUAUCAGUUUGAGUCUGUUCUUCAGCAGCUGAACAGCGCAAUGCGCCAAAAGUCUGGAAAGGUCCAGGAUAUCCGCACGUACAGUCCUAGUGAUGUAGAACUCUUGCAGAAGUGGAACGGACACAUGCCUGAGAUUGUCCACGAGUGUAUACAUUCCAAGAUCCUCGAAACUGCCACCAGACAGCCCGAUACCCAGGCGAUUUGCUCUUGGGAUGGAGAUUUUACAUACGCACAAUUUGUCGAUUACUCUGGUCGUUUAGCACAACGGCUGACGCAGAUGGGUGUCAACAAAGAAGUCAAGGUACCUAUCUGUAUGAGCAAGUCUAAAUGGGCUGUGGUAGCCAUUAUGGGUGUUCUAAUGGCCGGCGGUGCAUAUGUUCCCCUAGAUCCUAAUCAUCCUGCUUCGCGACAUAUGGAGAUCACGUCGGAUGUCGAGGCUAGAAUACUCCUGUGCUCGCGACAGUAUCUGGCUCAUUGCAGCACUCUUGUCGACAUGGUUGUUCCAGUGGACGGAGAAACACUCAACAUGAUCCCGAAGCUCCGCACUCCAUCGGCUCUCAGUAAGCGCGUGGUACCAUCCAACGCUGCCUACGUCAUAUAUACUUCAGGUUCAACUGGCAAGCCAAAAGGCACUGUUGUAGAACAUCGUGCUUUCUGCUCCAGUUCGGAGGGGUACACCAAGGCACAAUUGAUGAAAUCUACCUCGCGGGUGUUUAACUUUGCUUCCUUCACCUUCGAUGUCAGCGCAAUGGAAAUCUUAUCAACACUCAUCCUCGGCGGGUGUGUCUGCUUACCAAGCGACGAGCAGCGGCUCAAAGAUCCAGGAUCUGCAAUAAAUUCGAUGGGUGUCUCAUGGGCGUUUUUGACCCCAUCCGUUGCUAAUGUCAUCGAACCGACCUCGGUUCCCAGCUUGGAUACCUUGGUCUGUGGUGGUGAGGCCAUGUCCAUCGAGAACGUUCUACGAUGGGAUGGUCAUGUUACCUUAGUGAAUGGGUAUGGACCGACUGAAGCUUCUGUGAUAUCAGUUGUCAACAAUGAAGUAUCGAACACCAAGGACCCUAGCACUAUCGGCCGACCUACAGGAGGUGUUGCAUGGGUUGUAGAUCCAAGCGAUCACGACCGCCUCGCGCCAGUUGGCAGUGUGGGUGAGAUGCUUUUGGAAGGACCCUUCCUUGCUCGUGAAUAUCUAAACAACGAGGAAAAGACCAGAGAAGCAUUCAUCGAGAAUCCUCGCUGGAUUGUUUCAUUCAAUACCGGACCAAUUGAGCGACAACACCGACUUUACAAGACUGGUGACCUCGUACGGUUGAACGAAAAUGGCACGCUUGUGUAUAUCGGACGGAAGGACAACCAGGUCAAGCUCAACGGUCAGCGAUUGGAACUUGGUGAGAUCGAGCACAAGAUGGACACAAAUUCGAAGAUCCAACAUUCUCUUGUGGUUCUUCCAAAGAAAGGCCCCUGUAAGAAACGUCUUGUGGGUGUCUUAUCACUGGCUGCCCUAGUGUCUGAAGGCAUAACCUCAAAUCUCUGUGCUCUCAUCGAGGGCGAGGAUAGACAGAAAGUGGCAAAGACUCAUCUGAGUCAAAUCCAGGAGACGCUGAUGGGACAACUACCGUCGUACAUGGUUCCAUCGGUCUGGGCUGUCGUGGAAAGUCUCCCGCUACUUCCUUCUGGUAAGCUCGAUCGCAGAGUGGUAACCACUUGGGUCGAGACGAUGGAUGACACAACAUAUGACAAGAUAAGCGGCAUCGACGGAAGCUCCGACUCUGGAUCUCCUGCCACCAAGCUCGGCAAACUUCUGCAAGAAAUCAUUGCGAAGGUUCUCAAUAUCCCGGAGAAACGUGUUGUACAGAAUCAGUCCUUCCUCAGUCUGGGAGGCGAUUCAAUCACGGCUAUGCAGGUAUUAGCCCGAUGCCGCAAGGAAAAGGUCACUUUGUCACUGAACGAUAUCCUCCGGAGCAAGUCCAUUUCCCAAAUGGCGCUGUGUGCUGGCACUGGAGACCAAAUCCUGGGCCAAAAGGAGGUGGUGGAUCAGCUCUUCGAUCUCUCGCCCAUCCAGAAACUUUAUAUGGAAUCCGCCAGCAGUACAGUUGGGGAGAGCAGGUUCAACCAAAGCUUUACGCUGCGCUUGACUCGGCCCGUCAAUCUACAGGCAAUACAGGACGCCAUCGAGACAAUCGUUGCGCAACAUUCCAUGCUCAGAGCACGAUUCUGUAAAACUAAAUCUGGAUGGCAGCAGAAAAUCACAUCCGACAUGAAGUCAUCAUAUCGCUUCCAGGACCAUGGCGAUUCUUCACCACAAUCUAUGGUUCAAGCAGUGGGUCGGAGCCAGUCAGGUUUAGACAUUGAGAAAGGACCACUCUUUUCUGUGGACCACUUUCAGCAAGGCUCUGAAUGCCAAGUAAUUGUCCUUGUAGGCCACCAUCUCGUUGUAGAUAUGGUGUCAUGGAGAGUCAUUCUUCAAGAUCUCGAGGAGCUCCUAGACUCGGGAUCCCUAUCUAUGGACAAGCCGAUGUCUUUCCAGGCAUGGUGUUCGAUGCAGACUGAGCAUGCUCAGAAGAACAGUGCAAAGAGUAGUAAGAAGAUUCUACCCUUCAAGGUAGUCCCAGCAGACAUGCAUUACUGGGACAUGCAGGACAAAGCCAACACGUACGGGGAUACCGACGAUGAUUCGUUCAUAAUCGACAAGGACACUACUGACAUUGCCCUUGGCGGAGCAAACAAAGCCUUGGGAACCGAGCCAAUUGAUCUUCUGCUCGCAGUCGUGGCUCACUCAUUCAGCCGAGUCUUUAAUGACAGACCUACACCCACCCUAUGGAAUGAGGGCCAUGGUCGAGAGUCGUGGGAUGCAGCGAUCGAUCUCUCAAGGACUGUUGGAUGGUUCACUACCAUUGCACCUGCACAUGUACAAGUUGGGGAAGGUUCAAACAACAUCAUCGACACUAUUAAGAGGAUGAAGGAUGCCCGACGCCAAAUACCAUCAAAUGGACGACCCUACUUUGCUCAUCGUUAUUUGACACCUGAGGGCCGAUGGCAGUUUGGCGAUCAUAUGCCGAUGGAAAUCGUCUUCAAUUAUCUCGGAAAGAUGCAACAGCUCGAAGCCAGUGACUCUCUACUCCAACAGCACGAGUAUCCGACUGGAAAGGACGAUUCCCGUGUUGUCGCUGACGUGGGUUCCAAAGCGAACCGAUUCGCACUUUUCGAAAUCUCUGCAGUUGUCAAACGGGACCAGCUUGAGUUCUCAUUCAUCUAUAACCGUCAUAUGGGUCGUCAAGACAGCAUCAAAGCCUGGAUGAAGGAGUGCCAAAAGACUGUUCGGGAGGCUGUACACAAGCUCGCAUCUUCUCGCAUCGAGCCGACUUUGAGCGACUAUCCAGUCUUGCCGAUCACGUAUGACGAAAUGCAACAAAUGGUCGAGGAGACAUUUCCAGACGCAGGCAUCAAGAGUCCCGAGGAAGUUGAAGACGUCUAUCCAUGUGCGCCUAUGCAAGAGGGUUUAUUCCUAAGCCAACUUCGAGACCCGUCAAGCUACUUGUUCUCGGCCGUCUAUGAUGUGGACCCUGUAGACCCAAGCCACAAGAUAGACGGAAAGAAGCUGCUUUCGUCGUGGCAGCCAGUGGUUGACCGACACCCAGCCCUCCGUUCUCUCUUCGUCGACAGUGUCUGCAAAGGCGGAGUCUUUGACCAGAUAGUUCUCAAGAAUGCUGACAGCUGCAUCAAGUACAUUGAGUGCGAAGAUGAUGAGGCACUUGACAAGCUGGCUGAGAUCAAACUGACCGAGACCAACUAUGCGAAGAAGCCUCGCCUGCCCCAUCAAGCAACGGUGUGUGUCAUGAAGUCGGGCAAGGUUCUAUUCAAACUGGAGGUCAAUCAUGCCGUUAUCGAUGGGGGCUCUGCCGCUGUGAUUAUCGAGGAUUUCAUUGCCUCAUACGAAGAUCGACUACCCCCUGGAGAAGGACCGCUCUACAGCGAGUACAUCAAAUAUAUCCGUGGACAGCCACCUAGCUCUGAUGUCAGCUUCUGGAAGAACUAUCUCGAGGACCUGAAGCCAUGCUACUUCCCAACCUUGAAUACCGAAUUCAGUGGGGAGAAGCAGCUGGGCUCGCUUGAGAUAGACUUUUCAAGAUACGACGAGCUGCAAGAACUUUGCUCGCGAACGAAAGUCACAUUCUCAAACGUUCUGGAAGUUGCAUGGGCUGUCGUACUACGCAAGUAUACCAAGUCUGAUGAUGUGUGCUUCGGUUACCUUACCGCCGGGCGUGACGCUCCUGUAAAGGAUAUCGAGACGUCUGUUGGAGCAUUCAUCAACAUGCUAGUUUGCCGCAUUCGCUUUUCGAGAUCUCAAACCCUGCACCAGGUCUUUGAGAAAGUUCAGAAUGAUUAUCUCGAGUCCAUUCCCUACCAACACUGCUCGCUUGCACAGAUGCAGCACGAGCUUGGGCUGGAGGGCAAGGCACUUUUCAACACCGCAAUGUCUAUUCAGAACCAUUCCAAGUCGUCUGAUUUCACCCGUGGUUCUAUCACUAUGGAGCCUUGUGCCGCACACGACCCUAGCGAGUACUCUGUAACAGUGAAUGUGGAAACAAUGAAGGGCGACGAAGGUGUGGUGUUCCGGUACUGGUCGAACACGAUAUCGCACAACCAGGCAAACGCGCUUGGAGAUGAGAUGAUCAAGGUUCUUCACGCCAUCAUUGACAACUCCCAACAGACUCUCACGGAACUGGAUGGCGUCAAAGAACCAGUCAACCAGCCAGCCCCGCCAACGGUGACAACUAUGCCUAUGCCUCAGUUCCCCAUGAACUUCAAUCUGGAGGAUACACUGCGCAAGAUUGUCACAGACACGGUGAAAGAUGUAGUCGGCCAGUUAUUGCAAAGCGGGGAAUUGAUGCGCAAGAGCCCAAGCGAUCUUCAAAAUGCAGUCCACAGUCAGGCGGCCAGAAUGCUAGAAGGGGUCUCUGUCGAUGGCACAUUAGAAGACUCGGAAGACGAAUGGGAACCGCAAUCGGGUGCAAAGUUGGAACGACGAGGACGCAAGCUCGGAAGCAUCAAAGAAAACGUUGCCGGAAUUGGGGAUAUUGCUAUGCGUCCCGACAAUCCAGCCAGCCGACGAGCGACCAGAAAUGUUGUGAGGCACAAACUCCUCACUCUGUGGGCAACCCUACUAGACAUGGAGGAAUUAGAAAUCGGUAACGAAGACAGCUUUUUCGGACUGGGAGGAGACUCGAUCAUCGCAAUGAAAAUGGUGGGGCUUGCCAGAGAAGCAGGACUGGCGAUGACAGUGGCAGACAUCUUCCGGUUUCCCACAUUCGGUGAGAUGGCUUCAGUCGUCAAGAUCGCGGCCAAGGGACGGGUAAGGAGAGGCAGCACUGCGAUUGAUCCGGAACAGGCCAAACGAGAGGCAGCCAUACAAGUUCCAUACUCACAUUUCGGAUUGCUCAAAGCAGACGAUGUCGACGCGUUCUUACAGCUCGUUGUCACGAAGGAGGUUGGUGUCUUCCGGGGUGGUAUCCUGGACGUCUUUCCCGUCACCGAUUUCCAGGCUCUGGCCGUCACGGGCGCUCUACUAAAGUCCAAAUGGAUGCUCAACUACUUUUUCCUCGAUGGCACCGGACCUCUUGAUGUUGCCAAGCUCAAGCAAAGCGCCCAUAGGCUGGUGCAGAACUUUGACAUCCUCCGGACCGUUUUCAUCGCCCAUCAAGACCAGUUCCUACAGGUAGUGCUCCGCAAAUCUCAGCCGGAGUUCGUGGUUGAGGAUACAGACAUGGACCUCGAUGAGUUCACGGAGCAUCUUCACAACACUGACCUGAGGACGGGAUCCCGGAAGGGCAAGUCGUACGUCAAGUUCCUCGUAGCCAGACAGAUGGGCACGGAUCGCCACAGAAUCUUCAUCAGACUCUCGCACGCACAGUAUGACGGUGUGUGCUUCUCGACAAUACUACAAGCUCUUCGCGCAGGCUAUGAUGAUGGAGAUCUCCCUUACACAAUACCGUUCUCUAACUACGUCUGGUCAUCGGCGGGUGAUGUUACCAAGGGACACUACGACUACUGGCGAGACCUGCUAUCCGGAUCGAGGAUGACCGACAUUGUCCAUCGCGAUGGACCGAACUACGUCCCGGCAUCUGGUGGAUGCACUAUAGUUAAAGAAAAGAUCAAGGUACCAAAUGUUACGGGACAUAACAUUACGAUGGCGACUAUUGUCAAAGCAGCAUGGUCUCUUGCCCUUGGAAUCUUCUCGGCGAAAUCCGACGUCGUGUUCGGACAUGUCAUUAGCGGACGGAACAGCUCGUUGCCCGGUAUCGAGCACAUUAUGGGGCCUUGUUUGAACAUGGUACCUGUACGUGUGCAGUUCAUGCCAGGCUGGACUGCCAUUGACCUGCUUCGCUCCAUCCAGGAGCAGCAAAUCGCCAACAUGCCAUACGAAAGCCUCGGCUUCCGCGAAAUCACCAAGCACUGCACCGACUGGCCGGACUGGACCUACUUCAGCACCAUCGUCCAGCACCAAAACAUCGACACCAGCCAGCAAUUCGAGCUCGGCGGCAACCAGUACAACGUCGGCGCCAAAACCGCCGACCAAGACUUUGCCGACCUCUCCCUGCUCUCCACCCCACUCCCGGACUCCCACCUCGAGCUGCAGCUGUCCGUGUCGGCGGCCGUGUCGGAAAUCUCCCCGUCCUUUGCCGCAAACAUCAUGCGCCUCCUCGCUGACACCGUCCUCAGCCUCGCCAAGAACCCGCACAAACCCCUCCCCGACCCGGCCCAUCUCAUCGGCCUGAUGCCCCAAACCCUCGACGACUCAGACGCCUCGGCCGCCCGCCGCGCGACCCGGCCGGCCCCGUCCACGAGCGCCGACUUCCAGAGCAUGUCCAAGGACGACUUCCGCAACCUGCACGACACGCUCAGCCGCGCGUGGCGCGAGGUCCUGCGCGACAGCAACGGCAACCCGCCUGCGCUCCGCUUCGACAGCUCGUUUUACGAUCUCGGCGGCGACAUUAUGAGCACGGCGCAGCUGGCCAGCUUGCUCGAGCAGGCCGGCUUCAAGGUGCGGGUUGAUGAUCUGCUCGAGUAUCCCGUCAUGCUGGAGCAGCUUGCCCUGCUGGCUGUCAGUGAGCGGCAGCGCAAGAAGAUGGAGGAGGCGCGCAAGACGGCUGGCGUCAAGGUGCUGGUUGAUGAGCGCAAGGGCAGCAGUGAGGAGGAGAAGCGCGGGAACCGGCGCAAGACGUUUUGGUCGAAGCUGGUCAAGGGGAAAUGAGUGACUGGGCUUUGAAGAUGGGUGGUGACACGUCCACGCGAUCUUGAUGAAAUUGUUGUUUUUAUGUUGUUUUUUGUUCUGCGAGGAUUAUUGGUUUGAUGAGAAUGAUGAUGAAAAUAUGGGAUUGAUGGAGUUUUUUGUUUGGGAAAGUCCUACAUGCAUGCCUGCGAAUUGUUUUUUGUUUUGUUGUUUUCAUUUAUGAUGAAUUCUCGCGCGCAUGGGGGAAAAUGGGGAACAAUAAUUGCAUACAUGGUAUUAUUGGUUGGCGUUUGUUGAGAAUUUGAAAUAAUAGCGCGCUGGACGACGCAUUUGCUUUUGUAUUUGUUGGCUUUUCCCGCGAUAAUAAUCAAUGCAGUCUCGUUUAUUCAACCAUCUUCAAUUCAUUCAUACUUGCACAUCUAAAUAUCGUGACUUGUGACAUGACUUUUACUUGG